AUGAUGGUUGUGAGUUUGGUGAUUAUGAUCUGGUUUAUAGCUACUCGCCAGGCUACAACAGACGCUUUUUAUAGAGGAAAUGUAUCAGAUAGUAUAGAAUAUUCGUUACCGUUUGAAGAAGCUGCAAUAUUUCAUGACGAUUUUCUGUCGCAAGCUAAUUAUAUCUACAAACUAUAUUGUCAACAGUCUUGUCAGCAAGUGGACAUCACCAUGAACAACAAAUAUUGUAAAUAUUGCUUUUGUGAUUCAACCUGUAGUUACUAUGGAGAUUGUUGUCCAGAUUAUCCUUACAUCAACCAAUCAAAAUUGAUGCCCCACAGUUGUCUCCCGACACAAUUUCCUUUUCGAGGCAAGUACUUCAAAAUUGUUGGGUUCUGCCCUGAAAAUCAUGAAGAUAACAGAAUGGUUGAAAGAUGCAAAAAAACAUUUGUGUACAAUUGGAAAUCAAUACAACCGGUUUCGGACCAAGAUACAGGUUUAACGUACAAAAACCGGUAUUGUGCUAGCUGUAAUGGUGUUCGUGGUUCUCGAGUUGUACCAUGGGAAAUUGGUGCUAAAUGUGAUGGUGUCACUCCAGAACUAGAUGUGUUAGACAGCAAACAGCAAGUUUAUAUUAGUAUUCUUACCACUGAAGAUUGUAAUGUAGUUUUUGUAAAACCUGACAACAUAUCUUAUCGACCCUGUUCAACAAACGAUUAUAUUCUUCCUAGGCAGUGCAAUUCGACGGGAAUGUCAUCGAUUGAAGAUCCCUUAGUUGAGAAAGGUUGUUUAACAUUCCAAGAAAACAUUGUUCGCUUUUAUCCAAAUGUCUUCUGUUAUAUUUGUAACUCUUUUUUAACAUGGGAAGAAAUCAAAGAUAAUAUUGUAGGACAUGAUUCCAAUGUAUUUCGCCUUGCUCUCUCGGCUUUAUUAGAUCUUGAUGGCUCGGACGAUUAUGAAGAUGAUAAAGUCAACAGCAUGAAAUCAUGUCCAUUCACAGAUCCAUACACAUGUCAGUGCAGAAAUAUAAGUUGUGUUGAAGGAAAGAAGUUCGAAGAUGGUCAAUGUGUGUCUGUGUUUAAACUGACCAAUACUUAUAGAUAUAACGUUUGUUUUCAUGUUCAACUUAACUUUAACUCUAGUGUAAAUUCUCCUAAUGAUACAUUCCUCGAAAAGUUUGUCCAGAAUAUGGCAUCAUUAGACGCUACCUUUGAUUGUAAUUUGUAUACUGAUUAUUUAUCAGAAUGCGGACCUAAUAUAACUUUGAAAUUUCUUAUGAAAUGCACGCUUUAUUUUCGAAACCCAAUAAACAUUGACGUAUUUGAAAAAGCGAUUUUAUUAAUGACUGAAAACAAACUAAAUUUGACUGUUGAUUAUCCGGGAAUAGAGAUAUAUUUGACUGAUAAAUGCAAACGUGUAUCAGGAGCGCUAUACAUAAAUAAUGAUUUAACUGUUCCAUGUUCUAAAUAUCUAACAGCCAAUAUCCUUAUUACUCAAUAUAAUUUCACCUUCGAUCGAAACAUGAAAUCCCAAACAACUUCACUUAUCCUUACCAAAACAUUUUUGUGCCCUAAAAUAAUCUUGAAUGAGGAUGAAGUUGUGGUUUCACCCACAAAUGACUCUCUGUUAAUUCUAGCAACAAACGAAACAAUUGAAGCAUUUCAAGAUGUAUCUGAUGAUGAAGAGUCUGGGUAUUUGGUUUGUGUGGAUGAUUACUUACAUUCACAGCUUGAUAUGUUAAACUGCGACACUGAACCUCCUACUGUGUCUAUAACGCCAAGAUAUUCAACUCUUGGGAUAGUUUCCGGAGUUUGUACCUGCAUUUCUGUUAUCUUUCUCGUUAUAACUUUGGUGAUUUUCCGAUGUGUUAAAAGUUUGAGAACGACCAUUGGAAUUGGCAUAAUUGCGCUUUCUGUGUCUCUGGUUAUAGCCCAAUUGCUAUUUGAAUUCGGUGCCGAGCAGACAGAAACCAGUUGGGUUUGUCAAACCUUAGGAAUACUCACCCAUUUCUUUUGGUUAGCCUCAACGUUUUGGAUGAAUGUCUGCACUUUAAUCCUGUUUUACAAGUUGAAUUUCCCUGUUGAGUCUCGGAAUCUAUCAACUAGACUGUUACUGAUAGCUUCCAAUUUAUAUUGUUGGGGUAGUUCUGGUCUUAUAGUAACCAUUCUAGUCAUGUCCUCUUACUAUACUGAUAAUUCGUAUGGGUAUGGAGGCACCUCGUGUUAUAUUACUAGUAUUAAUGGUCGACGUUAUGGCUUUGCUCUACCAGUUGGUCUUCUUGUUCUGAUUAAUAUACUUCUCUUCUCCUCUACUUUCAUCAAGUUAAAGAUGAACGAGAAGCUGCAAUCAAACCAAGAAAGUCAGAUCAGUAUGUUAGGUUGUCUUAAAUUAUCUGUUAUCACUGGCCUAACCUGGAUCUUUGCUUUCGCCUUUGAAGCUACUGGAAACGUCUCUUUCGCUUAUCUGUUCACGAUAUUUGUGGGAUCACAAGGUGUCGUGAUUUUUCUAACCUUUGUGGGCAAUAAAAGAGUUUUCAGAAUGCUUAAAGCAAGUUUUAAAAGUUCAAGUGAACACUAUAUUCAGUCUAGAAGAGAAAGCUCAAAUGUAGAAAAUAGAAACAAAUCUGUCAAUUUAAAAAGUAAUCCUGAAACUGAAGAGUUUGAUGAAAAGAAGAAAUUGGGACAGAAGUGA